AUGUGGCUGUACCGGUUCCUGACUGCGUUGGGUUCUGGUGUUUCGAUUUUGUCGGCAUGUAUCGAUGGUGCUUCUAUGCCUGUCCUCUCGAAAACGACGGGCUUAAACUUGCCCCAGGUGCUGACGGACACGCCAGAAUAUUUCUCAGCGAAACGACUUUUGAGGGGUUCUACGAAGCAGAAUGAAGACAGAGUGAUCAACGCUGGAAUCGAAAAACUGACCGGGCUCAUCAAGGCGGGGGUGUUAAAGCUUGGUGAAAAUGUGGACUGGCGGUCCUGGCUUUUAAUCGAUCAAAGUGCGACGGAUAUUCUCACGAUGUUCAGGCUUGAAAAGGGCUUGAGCGGGGCUCUGGUGUAA